CGUGCGCUCGGUUGAUAGUGGCUGAAAAUAGAUAAGGGAGGGAGGUCUCUCUGGGAGUGACAGAGAUUCACUGUUCUUGUCUUGUGGGGCGGCGGCGUUAGAUGCAGUAACGAGUAUUUUAUCCAGAGGACGGCAGCGUCGUGCGCUGGAGGUGCUGUGGCCAUGCGCACAUAGCCAUUGCAGGCACACAGCUCGCUGCUGGAGGAAAAUAAUUAUAAUUAUCAUGAGCCUACUGGGCACGGGAGAGAAGAAAAUGAUUUGCUGUUCUGCAGAUGUGAGAGGGAAGAUGAUGGUGGCGGCAGCUGUUAUAGUUUUUCUUGUUUUCACCACUGGUCUGACUAGUGCGAGGCCAGUAAGCGUUUGUCCGAGCUGGAGCGAUGGCCGAGUGCCGCUGCUGGGGUUAGACGGGCACGCUAGUGUUGACGUUGCGUUGCCGGGACUGGCGCAGGCCAACAACGAAUUGCUCGAAUGCCGUGUGCGACCUGGGAUGACGAUCAGCCGGAGCGUCGUGUUCAGGGGUUCUGAACGCUGGUGGUUUGAGGUCAGUCUGCCGCCUAUCACCCUGCUUGAAGUAGACUGCAACCAGCGCACUAUUGCAGGCAAUGUGCUGGUGGGAGAGCUCACUGUUGUCUGUGCACGAUGCCAGCAUGCGUUCGACCUGGGCAGUGAUGCCUCGCUGAAUGAAAGCAACGUGUCCAUAGCAGAAUACGCAGAACAUUUUGGCCACCGUCUCGAUGAUGACAGCUCUGCUGAUCCGGGGCAAAGAAGUAGACGCUUACGACGCUCAUCGCCAUCCUCUGCUGAUUUGGCUGGCGGCGGGGGUGUGCGCCGGCCGCGACGGAAGAGGACGCUCGCACAGGCACUGCUUGCGUCCGUGGCGGAAGGCGUGGUCUUGAUGCUUUUGAUUGCGCUGUGCACGUCUAAAAAGAAGUCUCGAAGCUCUCCAAAGGCAUCGUCAGGUGAGCUCAACGAAGUGGCCUCGCGUCCAAACGAGUCGAAUGCACAAGCCCAAGAUGCUACGGCCACAGAGGAGAUCAGUACCGUACCUACACCCAGCAGCGUGGAGGAGCAAGGCAACGAUGCAGCAGCCCGGUCUCCAGCAGCCACACCGGAAACUACUGAGGCAGCAGCUGGCCAGGAGAGCACCCUGGAACAGUCGCCUACGUCAAAGAGAGAAGCUGGCAGCACAGAAAAGGCAGGGCCCGAAGCUAAAGACGCAAGCGACACAGGUGUGACCGCUGCAACGCCAGGAGAGCCGGCGGCAAACCAGGCGUCUGCAUCACCAGCGAAGGUUGCAGACAAUGACAGCAGCACAGCUGCUGCAUCUCCACUCAGGACAUCACCACAACAAACUACCGCCGAUGGUGCGCAGGACAGCACACCACUGCAACGCGAGGAAGUGGUUUCUCCGUCGUACGAGUGCAUCCGCGGGCAGGGACAGGAUGGCUCGAUUGAGGAAAGCGGCGACGCAGUUGUACAUCACACGGUGGUGGAAAAUGCCGACGGCUAUGUGUACGCCAACGUGGAGGGACGCAGCGUGUCCGUUUCCAAGAGGAAGGAAAAGAAACGCGACGAUGGAAACGACGAUGAUGACGAUGAAGACGACCCGUCCUACGAAGCUGUCAUUGCACCUACAGCAACACUACCAUCGCCGCCGCCGUCGCAUGCAGGCAUAGACCGUGGUCGCUCGGCCAGUCAGCAAUCGGCCUUGAGUCACCAGGCGUCCAAGUCGGCCAGUCUGCAGCGCAGCCUGCCCGAACCGGUCGGAGAGCCGGCGUUUGUCGUCCAGUCUCGCAAGCCGUCGAUAUCGGUCUCUGCCAGUGACAUUGCCGCCGAGCAGGAGGACGACCCCACCUAUAGCUGUGUGGACGAGUCCAAUGCCGAGGCUGGUGCCGGUAGCUCCGGGCAGCGCUCAUCCGACAUGUACGAACGCGUUGAUGAGGCGUUCCGCAGCGGUAUGCACCAGGACGAGCCGUACUCUCGGGUGUUCGACGACAUCAGCGAGACGGGGGUCGAGUCGCCCUACAGCCGCGUUAGGGAGAACAGUCAGGGCAGCGUCGGCGCAGCCAACCUCUCCCCAAGUCACGGAGGCAGCAGCUUGUCGUCUGCACAGACCGACGGCGUGCCGGAUAAUGACGACUCUUACGACACGGUGUUCGACUCGCGCAAGUCGGCCAAGCAGAAGUCACCGCAGAAGGAGGCAGGAUUGCAGCGCAGCCCGAUUCCCGAGGAGGAACCGAGCUCUGGCAAUGGCGGUGUCGCCGAAAGGAAGACCAGCGCGGGAACGCACGACAUCUACGCCCGCCCGGAGAAAACCCACCAUCAGCCAGUGGUUGCACACACAGAGGAGGGAGUGUACGAGAAACCUCCCCAACUGGCACCCAAGCAGCCCGGGGCGGAAGUCCUCGAGUCGGCCGUGGUGCACUACGAAGCCGGCAAGGAAGACGCUCCCAUCGAGGGCAUCCCUGUGCACGACAGUGGAGACCUGUACGCCAUGCCAGGCAAGGGGACACUGGGCCGGGAGGUGCCGCCGGAGCUUGAAGCACGCGGCGAAGAGUCUCGCGUCUUGCUGGCGCCAUCUCUGCAAGCAGAAGAGCUGGAGGAUGGCGGCGGCGGUGGUGAAGGAGGCGGUGGUGGCUACGCGUCUGUGAACGAUUCCGAAUUCGACGCCGUGCGCCAGGAGCUGCAGAUCUCCGGCGGCGGUUCUGCGCCUACUCACCGCAAGGCCAGCAAGGGCAGCCUGGCAAGCGUGGGCAGUAAGCCAGAAGAUGGAGAUGCCGACGGUGCUGACCCGCUGUAUUCCGCUGUUAAGGACACGGGUGUUGAAGAGGCGAAGAGCACGGCUGAGAAGCAGCAGCAGCAGUCCACUCGCAAAGGGCACGGCUACAGCAAGGUGACCAAUGAGAUCCUGGGACCACCGAAAGAUCCAGAUGCCGCUGUCGGCGACCCAGGCUAUCAAGAGGUCGACGCCAAGCUCAAGGAGCAGCUGGCCAAGAUCCGCGCAGAAGGCGCCGAGUCUCCAGCAGCCUCUCCUAGCAGGAACAUUGCACGCUCGCGCGCACAGACCACCCGGCUACCCGACGAGCCGCCCCCGGCCAUUCCAUCCAGCCAGCGUCCUCGUGCAUCUACAAUGGAUUCCGUACGGAUGCUCUGAGUACCACUAGGUAAGAAACUAGCCCCACGAAUUGCUGGAGAUCCAUGCGUGACUGUCCAAUUUCAAUUUCAACAGCUAUUAUGCACACCCGCACACUCGACUGGAGCUGCGAGUCGAACGCGAACCGUGAAUUUUUUUUAAUGCACAACCGCGACUUUCACGAAUUUUAUGCUCGGCUCCAUGUCGACGCCGUACACACUGCUUUCCAAUUCUAUGCUGCUCACUGUGUAGCCCUGCUCCUGCUGGUACAAUCUUGAACACUGAAGCUUUGUCAUGGCACUAUGCGAUAAGCAUGCGUCAUUGGCAGAGCUCACUGUACAUACAUAUUCUUAUCAGACUUAGCACCGUGCGAUCACCUUUUGACAGAGUUUUUUUUAUUAAUAUUCUUAUUUAGUGCUUUCUUUCAUUGGCAACUUCUGAUAUCUUUUCUCCCUCGUUUCCCCAAUUAUACCCAUGAGAAAGAGAGAGAGUGAGUGCGUGUGAGUGAGUGUGUGUGUGCGUACGUGUGUGUUUGUAGUGGAGCCCUAUGACAAAUGGUGAGCUAGAAGAAUGGUGUAAAAACUUCUAAAAAGAAUCCCGUUUGAUAGCACGGCCUCAUGUACAUACAAUCAUACGGGUUGACACAGAUUCGUACAAGUGAAACACUUUUUUGUUCUCUUUCAUUAUCAUCAUCAUCUUUACACUUUUGUUUUAGUUUUUUUGCAGCAAACUAUUUGAUUAUAUUUGAGCUGAUUUCUUUUCCUUCCUUUGGCAAAAAACUCCUUAUAUUAAAUAGGCGAUUUCUGUUUCUAUUUCUCACAGAUCUUGGCACAUCACGUGCAGGCAACCAA